AUGGGUGCAUGCGUGCAUUUGGGUAAUAUGCAGCCGGCAGUGCUCAUGGCAUGUUCUAUUCGAAAUGCUGCAUGCAAUAAUAGCCCCUCAGCGUUGGGACUGCAAACUGAUUUCCACGUUCUCGGUUACACUAGCAACCAGUCAGUUGUUCUUCUGUUCAGGUGCCUGUUGCAGGCGGUCAAUCGGUGUGGCAGUCUGACGUUGGAGGAGCGAGAGGCCGUGGUAGAGGUGAAAAUGCCCCAGGAUCGUGGAGGUCGAGGUGGUGGCUUCCAGGAUCGUGGAGGUAGAGGCGGUGGCUUCCAAGAACGGGGUGGACGAGGCGGUGGCUUCCAGGAUCGUGGAGGUAGAGGUGGUGGAUUUGAAGACCGGGGUAGACGCGGCAGUGGAUUUCAUGAUCGCGGGGGCAGAGGUGCUGGCUUUCAUGAGCGGGGUGGCCGAAGGGGUGGAUUCCAGGAUCGUGGUGGUCGAGGUGGUAGCAGAGGCAGUGGCUUCCAAGAUCGAGGAGGUGGAGGUGCUUGGCAAUCGAGUUUUUCCACGCCGUCUCCCUCAGAGAGUUUAGGAUCUCUGAGCGUGGCGGGCGAUGAUACACCGGAUCAACAGAUUGUCACUACGUCGCCAGGUGAUACUGUCGGAUUGGAAAUAGCCGCCGAGCCAAGUGCCUCUGCUCCUGUGGUGUUGGAAGAAGCUAGUUUACCAACGGCCAAAGGGAAGAAGACCAAAGCUCGGCCAGUGACAUUUAAGGAGGACAGGAUGCUUCCUUCGCGUCCUGGUGGAGGAACAAUUGGGAGAAAAAUCGUGGUGGAAGUCAAUUGCUGGGAUUUCGACGUAUCGGAUGUGUCGGUGUUGAUGUACGACAUAACAUUGACGAAGUUAUUGUCCACAGAUGGAAAGGAGAUUAAGCUGAAAGAAAAGGGCAUAGGGAAGUAUGUGAGGUUGAUUGCAGAGAGGAAACGCGGUGACGUUUUUCACGAUGGAGGUCGGAUUUUGUUCUCCCUGGGACCCUUGGACGGGAAGGAUGGGGAAAUGUUAAAUUUUAGCGAGAAGAUUGCAGAUCCCCUUCAAAAUGAUGAUUUGACGAUAGAGUACGCGGCGAAAAGAGUGGGCAGCAUUUCCGCAAGAAAAAUAAGGCAAUAUCUCGAUAAUAGCCGUUCGAAGACGUCGGACCCACCCCAGCUUGCCAUUAACAUGCUGGAUAAUUUAAUCAAAUGGGUCAAUAGGGCAUCGUUGCCUUAUCUUUCGAAGUCAGCCAUUUUCUAUGAUCGGCCAGAACGGGACAACACUGGCGGUCUGUUCUGGAUUUACCGUGGGUAUUCGCUUAGCUUUCGCCCACAGUGGAAGUGUAGGCUGAACAUAGACAUGGCUCAUAGGGCAUUUUUCCCGGCUGGGAACUUGGCGGAUAUUUUAUAUGCGAAGUACGGCGAUAAUAUGUAUUCUCCAUCAACGUGGAAGCAUGUGAAAGAGGAUAUACUGUCACUCCAUGUUGAGGCUAGUCAUUAUAAGAAUGAGGGUAAAACCUACAGGAAGCGUUUUGUGGUGCACGGGUUGUCGCAUAAUUCGGCUGACAAGGAGAUGAUCGCAGACAUCAACAAAUCGAUUGCGAAAUACUUCAAGGAGCGAUAUGGCAUAGACCUGAAAUAUCCCGAACUUCCAUGUGUGAAGACGAAGAAGGAUCGAGACGAGUACAUGCCCAUGGAAUUGUUGGAAGUUUUGCCAUUUCAAAAUGCCAAGGAGGAUCCCGGAGUAAUUGCCAGUGCUAUCAUUCGUUGUGCAGCCGUGAGACCAGCAGAUCGUUUUGGGAAUUUGCGGGAAUUUGUCCGGUCCAUGAAUUGGAGAGCUAGUUUGAUAUCGAAACUGAGAUUGGGACUGAGGGAUAUGAAUCCGAUUAAAGUUGAGGCCCGAGAAUUGCCACAACCGAGUGCUCACUUUUCCACCGGGACGGUGGAACUUGGGAGGGGUAGCUGGAACCAGGAACCAUUUCACCAACCCGUACCAAGGUCCCUACGAUGCGUGGUCGUCACCAUGGUUCCCGGCUAUGCGAGAAAUGCUCCCCUCGUUGUUGAGAGGCUGCCGCAGGCAGCGCAAAGAUUCGGGGUACGAAUGGAAGUGCGGGGAGACAUUUUACGGAAAACGGUCGCUGAUUUGCCACAGCUGUUUACUGAUUUUCGUGCGAAGGGAGUGGACCUGGCAAUUUUUGUUUUGACUGGAACCAGAGAGUAUCCCUUUAUUAAGCGCCAAGGGGACCUUCAUAAUUUCAUGUUUACGCAGUGCAUAAAGGAUGGCACGAUAGGAAAACCAAAUGUCUUCAACAACCUUAUGCUGAAGAUAAACGCCAAGUUGGGUGGCGUCAAUUGGUUGGUAAAUGGUUUGUCUGGAAGGUGGAAUGACGAAUUGUUGAUGGUGGUGGGUGCGGAUGUCACUCAUCCCACCGGUGGUGGUCGGGUUUUGAACAAAUCGGUUGCUGCAGUCAUCGCCUCAAUUUCACGCGAUCUCAUGCGGUAUGUGGCCAUCGUUCGCCAACAGGAUAAAAUAAGGGAGGGCAAAACCAUUCGAGAAUAUAUUGAUGGAAUGGAGGACAUCUUUUCCGACCUCUUGAAGAUAUUUGCGAAACACAAUAAUGAUCGUCUUCCGGCGAAGGUUAUUUUCUACCGAGACGGUGUUUCGGAAGGUCAAUUUGAUCCUGUCUUGAGAAUUGAGCUCUCCGCCAUGCAGCGAGCCUGUUCUAAUCUUAGACCUGACUAUGAACCGGGCAUAACAUUUAUUGUGGUGCAGAAGCGACACCACAUCAGAUUUAAUCCCGUGGGGAGCCGAGGGAAGAAUGUUCUACCGGGCACGGUGGUUGACACGCAAAUAACUCACCAUCGUGAAUUCGACUUCUACCUUUGCUCACAGGAUGGUAUCCAGGGGACGUCAAAGCCUGCCCAUUAUCACGUUCUCUACGACGACAAUGAUUGGCAGUCGGAUGAUUUGCAACAAUUCACGUAUUAUUUGUGCCACGCGUAUAUGCGGUGUUGUCGCAGUGUGUCGUACCCGGCACCAACGUACUACUCGCAUUUGGCAGCCUUCCGUGCACGUGAUUGGCUGAAAUUUGUGGAAAAUGAGACCAUUAUAAGAGAUAACCGCUUCACAAUUCAUCCUGGACAACAAGACCAAAUGUUCUUUUUGUAA